AUGUCCGCGUUACCACACUCUGCGGCGAGUGAUUCGUCUGUUCAUCGUCUAGCGAACGAUGGCAAACCGGAGAAGUACAACAACGAUGCAGGCCAUAUCGAGGAUAUCGAGGCUUCACACCGAGAUCACAUUGUAGCUCGUAACAGGAAUAUUAGCGCCAAGAUUCAAAACCCUCUGCAUGGAUUGAGCAAAGGGCAACUUCUUGAUUUAUCGGAUCGUUUCUGUACCGAGAAAGGAUUUGAUGACAAGCGAGAUCUCUUCCAAAGAGCAGCAUUACUCUCUCAAAAGCCCGAUGACUUUGAGAGCAUCUCGGAAUUGACCGAAGAAGACCGAUACUGGCUUAGACGUGAGAAGACAAAUAAAUGGGAUCAAACCCGUGCUUUGUACUUCUUGGUCAUUGUCUGCUCAAUCGGUUCUGCCAUUCAAGGAUGGGAUAACACUGGUGCAAAUGGUGCAAACUUAUCUUUCCCUCAAGAAUUCGGAAUUGCGGAUAACACCUGGUUGGUCGGUAUGGUCAAUGCCGCUCCAUCGAUCACUGUUGGAACUAUCUCUGCUAUGCUUACCGAUCCUAUCAAUUACUACAUUGGUAGAAGAGGUACCAUCUUUGUCACCGGUCUUUUCUGUGUUUUCCCCGUUCUUGGUCAAGCAUUCACUCGAAAUUGGUGGGAAUUGUUCAUCUGUCGAGUUCUCUUGGGUUUCGGAAUGGGUAUGAAAAUCACCACUAUCCCCAUCAUGACCGCCGAAACUGCUCCUGCUGCUAUUCGAGGUGCUCUUGUCAUGAGUUUCCAACUUUGGGUCGCCUUUGGUAUCUUCUUCGGUUUCUGUUCAAAUCUUGUAUUCUACCAAGUCGGUAAGAACGCUUGGCGAAUUCAACUGGCGGCUGCCUUCGUACCUGCUGUACCUCUUCUCCUUUUGAUCUGGUUUGUACCUGAAUCACCUCGAUGGCUCAUGAAGAAGGAUCGAUACCCCAAAGCAUUCCGAGCUCUUAUGCGAUUGCGAAAGUCUGAAAUACAGAGUGCCAGAGAUAUGUUCUAUGCUCACUGUCAACUUGAAGAGGAAAAAGAAGCCUUCAGAGGUACAACCUACUUUUCCAGAUUCUCCGAUUUGUUCACCAAACCUCGUCUCAGGAGAGCCAAUCUCGCUUCUUGGGUCGUCAUGAUCAGUCAACAGUUAUGUGGUAUCAACAUUAUGUCAUUCUACUCCUCCACUAUUUUCGCAGAAGCCGGAUACAACGUCAGACAAUGUCUUCUCGCCUCUUUCGGUUUCGGUUUAGUCAACACCAUCUUCGCCAUUCCUGCUAUUUACACCAUCGACACAUUUGGACGACGAAACUUGUUAUUGUUCACUUUCCCAUGCAUGAGUGUAUGCUUGUUCUGGGCAGGAUCAAUGUUCUUCAUGGAUACAGGAAAUGCGGCAAGAGUGCCCAUCUUGGCUUUGGCGAUCUACCUUUUCACCGCUUUCUACUCUCCUGGUAUGGGACCAGUGCCUUUCGUCUACGCUGCAGAGUCAUACCCUCUUACACAUCGAGAGAUGGGUAUGUCAUGGGCUGUACAACAAAAUAACUUCUGGGCGGCAGUUUUAGGUCUUACUUUCCCUAGUAUGCUUGCUGCCAUGCGACCAUUUGGUGCAUUCUACUUCUAUGCUGGUACCAAUAUCUUGGCAUGGAUCUUAAUCUUCUUCUUUACUCCCGAAACAGCUCGACGAACUUUGGAAGAAUUGGAUUAUGUCUUUGCUGUACCCGUAUCGACAUUUGCCAAAUAUCAAUCUGGAACAUGGUUGCCUUGGUUCAUCAAGCGAUACAUCUUUUGGCAAAAGAAUGCUUACCUCGAGCCUCUUUAUAAACUUGAAGGUGUCGCUGGUGAGCGAACUGAAGUAGAGAGAUUCCAUUGA